GCAUUUGUUUACAUUGUGAAUCGUCCGUGUGUUUUAAAGAGCUCCAGGAUAAAAUACAUACCACAAAAAUGUCCUCAAAAAUGAAUAAAGUUCAGCUUUCAAAGGGCAUUUUGCAGAUGAAAUUCAUGUCCCGCACGAAAGAGAAAUUGGACAAAGAAGCCGACGAAGAACGGGGCCGCGCACUGUAUGCAAGUGAAAUCACGGAUAAAAUGCUCACUGAGACGGUAAAAUAUGUAUUGGAGCCUAGCUACGUACCGUGUGAAAACCUGAUCGAAGGUCGCAUCAGCUACGGUGGAAUGAAUCCGGACAUUGAGCGAAUACUUGAUAUCGAAUCCGGCGCGGACAUAGCUAAGCGCGAGCAGCAAGAAGCGGCCAAGCAGGCCCAAAUGCAAACGGAUGUUCCGGAUGCAGAGAUGGCCCGGUUCUACACUAGCGUUGUGCACACGAUGAACAAGAAGUACGACAGCCACAAAAAGAGGUUGCAGCACCCAUUGCCAUUGAACAUUAAACGUUCGAAGUAGGUGAUUGAAUAAACGAAUUCUUACUAAGCUCA